GGCAUGGCGUCCGUGGAAUCGCUGCGCAAGAAAAGGCACCACGAAGAGGAAGGGGCGAGAGAAGAUGAAGGCUCUGAGGAGGAAGAGGAAGAAGCAGGGGAAGGGGGAAAGGAAGAGGAAGAAGGGGAGCAGGAGCGCUGGGUGGGCCCUCUACCUGGGGAGGCCGUGCAAGUGAAAAAGCGGAAAGUUCUUGAGUUUGAACAUGUCUACCUGGAUAAUCUUCCCAGUGCCUCAAUGUAUGAACGCAGUUAUAUGCACAGAGAUGUCAUCACACAUGUAGUAUGUACUAAGACAGAUUUUAUCAUAACAGCCAGUCAUGAUGGACAUGUCAAAUUCUGGAAGAAAGUAGAAGAAGGAAUUGAAUUUGUUAAACAUUUUCGUAGCCAUUUAGGUGUUGUUGAGAGUGUUGCAGCUAGUUCAGAAGGGGUGCUGUUCUGCUCUGUUGGGGAUGACAAAGCAAUGAAGGUUUUUGAUGUGGUGAACUUUGAUAUGAUCAACAUGUUCAAACUUGGGUAUCACCCAGGCCAGUGUGAAUGGGUGUACUGCCCUGGAGAUGCUAUAUCUUCAGUUGCAGCCUCUGAGAAGAGUACUGGAAAAAUAUUCAUAUAUGAUGGUCGAGGAAAUAAUCAACCACUUCAUAUUUUCGAUAAACUCCAUACAUCCCCUCUUACUCAGAUACGACUAAACCCAGUCUAUAAAGUCAUUGUAUCUUCUGAUAAAUCUGGGAUGAUUGAAUACUGGACUGGGCCUUCUCAUGAAUACAAAUUUCCCAAAAAUGUGAACUGGGAAUAUAAAACAGACACUGAUUUGUAUGAAUUUGCUAAAUGUAAAGCAUGCCUAACCAGUAUGUGUUUCUCAUCUGAUGGCAAAAAAAUAGCUACUAUUGGUUCUGACAGAAAAGUCCGAAUUUUCAGAUUCUUAACAGGGAAGCUUAUGAGGGUCUUUGAUGAAUCCCUGAGUAUGUUUACUGAGCUACAGCAGAUGAGACAACAACUGCCAGAUAUGGAAUUUGGCCGGCGUAUGGCUGUGGAGCGGGAGCUUGAGAAAGUUGAUGCUGUAAGAUUAAUUAAUAUCAUUUUCGAUGAAACUGGACACUUUGUGCUCUAUGGGACAAUGUUGGGAAUUAAGGUCAUAAAUGUGGAAACAAACCGAUGUGUUAGAAUCCUCGGCAAACAAGAAAACAUCAGAGUUAUGCAGUUGGCUCUGUUCCAGGGUGUAGCAAAGAAACAUCGUGCUGCUAUUACUGUAGAGAUGAAAGCGUCUGAUAAUCCUGUUCUCCAGAACAUCCAAGCAGAUCCAACUAUAAUCUGUACUGCCUUUAAAAAGAAUCGAUUUUAUAUGUUUACCAAACGUGAACCAGAAGACACCAAAAGUGCAGAUUCUGACAGAGAUGUAUUUAAUGAGAAACCAUCUAAAGAAGAAGUCAUGGCGGCCACUCAAGCUGAAGGGCCCAAACGAGUUUCUGAUAGUGCCAUUAUCCAUACAAGCAUGGGAGAUAUUCAUGUCAAGCUCUUUCCUGUUGAGUGCCCCAAAACAGUAGAGAAUUUCUGUGUACACAGUAGGAAUGGAUAUUACAAUGGCCAUACCUUUCACCGGAUCAUAAAGGGCUUCAUGAUUCAGACUGGUGAUCCAACUGGCACUGGAAUGGGAGGUGAAAGCAUCUGGGGAGGAGAAUUUGAGGAUGAGUUCCACUCAACUUUACGACAUGAUAGGCCCUACACACUUAGUAUGGCUAAUGCAGGACCAAACACUAAUGGCUCACAGUUCUUUGUGACAGUAGUACCAACACCAUGGCUGGAUAACAAGCACAGUGUGUUUGGAAGAGUGUCUAAAGGGAUGGAAGUGGUUCAGAGAAUUUCAAAUGUGAAAGUAAAUCCAAAAACUGACAAGCCCUAUGAAGAUGUCAGCAUUAUUAAUAUCACAGUGAAGUGAAACAAGAUUUAUAAGAAAAUGCCUGGUAGAAGGACUUCCAAGUAUAAGGAAUACCAUGUCUACUAAUAUUUCUGCUAUAAUAAGCAUUGGAGCAGAUACCAGCCUUUCCAGUUAUCAUGUGACUGUGAUAUUCUAAACUAUUUGUAUUUUUUGUAAUAAAAAUAAAAGCCAAAUGUCUUAGAA